AUGUCGAUUACCCAUAUUGUUCUUUUCCAGUUCAAGUCAGAAGUAGCCGCUGAGGUUGUUCACAAUGCCUGCGAACGUAUGCUUGCUCUCAAGGACAAUUGUGUCCAUCCCACCUCACAACAGCCCUACAUCAAAUCGGCGUCUGGCGGGAAAGAUAAUUCUCCCGAAGGCAACCAGAAUGGAAUUACACACGCAUUCGUGGUAGAGUUUGCGAGUGCUGCAGAUCGGGACUACUAUGUACAAAGUGAUCCGUCUCAUCUGGCCUUCGUUAAAACCCUCGAUGGGCUCAUCGAGAAAGCACAAGUCAUAGACUUCACCGACAGAGUUCUUUGA